UUGUCUUUGUAUCAUAAAUCUUCUUCGUUCGAUCUCAGUGGCUCUGCGGCUUCUUACGGUAUGAUGCCAAAGGAUUGUAAUCUGGUGGAUGAAUAUUUGAAGUUUUUUUUUUUUUUGUUUUUGGUUUCGGGCAACUCUUUCUUCCUUUUGGAUCUGGAAUCGAUAGCCUUUCUGGGGGUGACGACGCUGAGUUCGAAGAGGAGGGUGUAUGUGAUAAUGAGUUCAGGACCAGGGAAUUUCUGUCUGGUCCACGUCAGCCUCGUGCCUGUGCUUAAUGUUGUUGGUGAACAGAAACCAAACCGGCACAGCAUAGGAGUCUCAGAGGUUUGGGCUUGACACCAGAUAUCUUAGCUUGUCGGAGCACAAAGAACUAUUGGAAAGAACAAAAUCGACAUCACUGCCCCUACUGGAGCACAAAUCAUUUACGCCAAAUACUCAGGAACCGAGGUUGAGUUCAACGAUAUUCUCAAGGAAGAUGACAUCGUUGGCAUUCUUGAGACAGAGGACAUCAGAGAUCUCAAGCCCUUGAAUGACUGACUCUUCAUUAAGAAACUAAAACCGUCACAGCAUAGUGUCCGAGGCUUGGGCUUGACACCAGAUAUCUUAGCUUGUCGGAGCACAAAGGCUUGUCUCUCAUCUAGAAAUUUUGAGUAUCUUGUGUGUUGUUUAUCUUCUAUUUCGGAUACAAAAUUCUCAAAUCUAAAAGAAGCUAAAAGAAAAACUAGCUCCAGUUUUGCGAUUGUCCCGGCGCUUGAGCAUAUCUUCACUCUCUUUGAUGCUCCCAACAUUUGGCACAUUCCUAUUUUGCUAGGAUCAGAAGUCUCAUCUUGUUUUUGCCUUUUGGUGUUCUUGAUAUGUUGUUUGGUGGGUUGGAUUCCUGAUGUAAAUCUCAAACCAACAUCACAUGUAUGCUUUUUACCUGUUCACAAGUUUUAAACUAGAAUCAUGCUUUUUUAUUCUGUGUUUGAGCAUAAUCCAGAUGCGUAUAAAGCUGCUAAAGGUUUGAGGAUGUAUUCCCUGCAACGCAAAUGCAACAGGAGCCUAGAAAAGAUAAUAUUGGAAGCUGUAAUGAUUACAUGUUGGUUGAAAGUAUUGGAGGUCAGUAUUGUGACCGUCUGUCUCAUUAUGCUUUUACAGAUAAAGAUAGGUAAAUAAAAAUAUUAGUAUGAAACAGUAUUAUUGGUUGGGGAGGGGUUGUUUAAACCUUUGGAGAAGUUUUGGGGUUUUUUAAAUCCUUUGGAGAAGUUUUGGGGUUUUUUUAAAACCUUUUCUGAUAUGUUGAGAGAGGAGAGCAAGAGCAAGAGCAAAUAUGGCGGCACCAAAUCCAGCAAAUAUGGCGGCGGCACCAAAUCCUCCACUAGUUCUCCCUGAUUAUGUACGAUUUUCUCCCAAGAGUCCUGAAGUGAUCCUUUUGCUCAAGCGUUUCAUACGGAAGGAGCAGAUGCCUACUUGUGCUGUACAGUUUCGUUCCCAUGCAGAUCUCCAAGACACAGUAUCUAGUAACGGGUGGAGUGCAGCAGCGUAUCCUUAUUUUGAAGAAGAUGAAUACUGGUUUUUUCUGCAUAGGAAACAACAAGCCACGGAUAAGAAGAAUGUUGAUAGAAGGCUUGGAGACUUGGGGACAUGGAAGGCAAGGGGCAGGAGUACUAACAUCUACAUUGGUGCGCAGCUGGUAGGCAUCAAACAGAAGUAUGAACUUAUGAAAGGCAAAGUUAAAACUGGAUGGUUCCAAUUCGAGUACACAAGGUUUUCCAACAAGUUCGACAAAAUCUGUGUAGCCCAUCUCAUCUUUGUCAAGAAGCCUGAAGUGGAUUAUCCUUCUGAUAUCAGUGAAGAAGAAGAAGAAGAAGAAGAAGAAGAAGAAGAACAAGAACAAGAACAAGAACAAGAACAAGAACAAGAAGAAGAAGAAGAAGAAGAAGAAGAAUCUGCUGAUGAGGAAGAGCAGGGUUUGCAGGUACAGGCUCCUGAGGUUGAACUUGUGAAUGAGCAGCAGGGUCUGCAUGAGCAGGUGUUGAACUUGGAAGAAGAAGAAGCUGCUGCUUCUGAUGAGGUAGAGCAGACACUUGCAAAUGAGCAGCAGAGGUUGCAGCAGGUGCAGUCUCAUGAGGUUGAACUUGGGAAUGAGCAUCAGGGUCUGCAGGAGCAGGUGGUCAACUUUGCUCAUGAGGAAGCGCUACCACUUGUGAAUGGGCAGCAGGGGCAUUCUCUGGACGAUGACGACGACGAGGACUGGGCUCGCUUCUUGAACACUGACGAUGAUGGUCUGGCGAUUGAUGACUUGUUCGAAGAUGGUGAUUCAGAAAAGACGCUAGGACAUGUGAACGAGCAGCAGAGUCUGCAGGAUCAGGUGCUGAACUUGGAAGAAGAAGCUGCUGCUGCUGCUGAUGAUGAGGAAGAGCAGACACGUGUGAAUGAGGUGGAGCAGCAGGGGGGGGUUGCAGGUACAUCCUCAUGAGGGUGAACUUGGAAGAAGCAGCUGCUGAUGAUACGUGGACUCGCUACUUGAACACGAUGUUUGUUGAGUUCUUGGGAGAUGAUAAUUCAGAAAGACACUAGAAAGAUUAAAUGAAGCUUCAUGUCGUUGAACUUGUUAUGUUUUGUCCUGAGACUUCUCUUAUGUUUUGUCUUGAGACUUCUCUUAUGUUUUGUCGUUAGACUUCUCUUUUUGGAAACAGCUUUUACCACGUGACUGCAUAUCUUCUACCUCCAGAUUAGUGGUACUGAGAAAUUAGCUUGCAUUCA